ACAAGGGAUGAGUGAGAUUUCACAUCUUGUACUGGUAUUGAUUGCUGGAAGUCGCUAUUAUGGCGUUGCCAGUCUAAUAAUGCAGCCACUCCGCUCUUUCACCAAUAUAACAUUUAUGUGCAGUUAUACUCCAACCCAGCUUUUGCUCUGGCUUUCCUCUUUUGGAAAUCCACUUCGACCCCUUGUUCUACUUUUAAUCUCAAGUGUUCGCCUUUAAACCUUUUUAUAUCCAUCCAUGUGAGGUUCAAGUGCAGUCCCUGUAAGUGGAGAUCAGUAUAGGUACUGUGGUGAAAAAUGGGAAGAGGAAAGAUUGAGAUCAAGUUGAUCGAGAACCCCACCAACAGGCAGGUCACCUACUCCAAGCGACGUAAUGGCAUCUUCAAGAAAGCUCAUGAGCUCAGUGUUCUCUGUGAUGCUAAGGUCUCCCUCAUCAUCUUCUCUAAAAACAACAAGAUGCACGAAUACGUCACCCCUGGCCUUACAACGAAGAGGAUGAUUGAUCAAUACCAGGAGGCGUUGGGGAAUGUUGAUUUGUGGUGUUCCCACUACGAGAGAAUGCUGGAAAAGUUGAGGAAACUGAAAGAGAUUAACAAUAAGCUCAGAGGAGAGAUCAGCUAUGGUUUUGAAAGGAAUAGGUUGGGCGCAGAUUUGGACAAUCUGAACUUCCAGCAACUACAGAGUCUGGAGGAGGAGUUAAUUUCUUCCUCGGCAAUGAUACGUGAAAGGAAGAUCUCUAACGAUCGUGGUGCUAAUCUGCUUCAUGUGAUCAAAACUCGGACCGAGACCUGCAAGAAAAAGGUAAAAAACUUGGAGCAGGUGAACAGGAGUUUAAUGCUUGGAAUUGAGGACAAGUAUAUGGUGCAUCCACAUUACCUGAUGAUGUAGGAGGGAGGAGAUGAUGAGGAAUCAGCAGCAGCAGAAAGCAUCUCAAUUUUCAGCAUCGCUUCCACCAUCUUCCACUUGCUUUGAUGUUACUCCUCCCCCACAUGUAAAUUAAUCAAUUAAGCGAUUAUAUGUCUAUCCCUGGGCCUGGAGCUUGUUAUUUUAAUUUAGAGUGUUUGAGCCUCACAGCACAAUGGAGGAAUACAUUAUUUUGUUAUAUAUGUGAUCAAACAUAUAUGUUAAUUUAUCUAAUCUCUCAUUAAAAAUGAGUACGUUUCUUAUACAUGUA